AUGGAUGGAAAUCAAUCAGCAACUGUUUUUAGGUCAAAACAAAAACAAUUCAUUGACGAAAAUGAAACAGAACACAGCACGAGACCUGGAGGGGUGUCAAGCAUGAAGGUACUUUUAAUGCGAUUUUCCAACUGUAAAUUUGAAGAAGUUUCCAUAGCAAGUCAAAUGCAUUAUAUGCCAUUUUUUUCCUCUAAUUGA